CUGAUUGGUUGCUUGAGAAAUGGACAGUGUUUAAGUACAGCCUUUUCCACUUACGGUUUUCUGUUUUGAUCAAAGGAUUUUAAAGUAUGACACAAAUGAGGCUUAUAGCGGUGAUCGUGUGCUUUCUUGCUGGAACAUCCGCCGUUCCGCUCUCCCCUAAUGCUGAUUUGAAGGAAUCGCUGCCAGUGGGAGGUAUGCAGCAGUUUCAGCCUGGAUCUCCCAUAAUGCUCUCUGGUCUUCAGCCACAGGCGUCCAAUCCAUGGGGCUCUCAACCCAACCCCAGUACUGCUGUCAGACAGCAUCCAGCACAGUUUCAGUACCUUCCUUAUUCUCAGCAACCACAGUUUUUCUACUAUCCCAUUCUUGGACAGCAAUCAAGGAACCCGACACAAAAAUACACCACAGGAAGAGCUAACAGACUGACUGGGUUCAGCAGGUUUAUUCUCAAUCAGGGUCCAAACCUGAACUUAAUUAAAUUUAGCAAUGUAACCCUCAAGCAAGCCUUUGUGUUUCGCCUGUUUUUUUCCUAUGGAGUGCCUGCUUUCCAGCAAUAUCCCGCUAAUGCAGCUCCACGGCCAGUUAGGCCCCAACAGGGGCAAAAUGCUCACCAAAUGCAUCCAAAUCAGCCUCAGCAGCAACAACAGGUUCAACCAAUUUUUUAUAUGGUUCCUCAAAUGCCACAGCGAAUGGCUGGGUCAUAUGGUGGACUGAGCUCUGAGGAACUUCAGAACAUGGGCCGUGUUAACAUGCACUUACCCGCGAUAAGAGGUAAUGUGUUUCCUGUUUCUGGACCACAAACGGUUGUACCCAUUGGCCCUGUAAGACCACCCAACCCCUUCCCUGCCACUGGAAUGACCUACCCGGGCAUUACUGAGCUCCAGCAACCCGGCGUAAUAGCUGUGCCUCCUAGCAGAGAUGCCAUACCUGCAACUGGUGGAUCCCAUCCAAAUAGUGGAGCGCUGCCUAGAAGGAUUUCUGGCACGCAGGAUCGUGACCGAGCGCCAUGUGUGUCCGCUGAAAUUCCCUCAACCAACUCUUUUGCACCUUUAGAUUCAGGUCACGGGGCUUUCAUUUCAGCAGAUGUUCCUACCGUCCACCCUAAUCCUCAAAACAGGGGUCCCAAUCUAGUUCCCGAUACACUCCCAACAGCAGAAUACAAAGAAGAUCUUUUUUCAGCAGCCCCACCACUGCUUUCUGAUACUGUCGACACCAAUACUGCAAAUGAGAUGUACCCCUAAGAUACAUGUUUAAUGCAAGAUUUACCCAAAUAUGUAUUUUAUGUUAAGCUAACUGAUUUAUAUAUUGGGUUGAGUCAUUUUUCAAUGCAAUUCUGAUCCUUUACAGUUGAA